AUGUCCUCGAAGCAAACCUCACUGCCAAACUACGGUGUGCCCGAUGUAGAGAUCGAGAGUCUCCUCGGACAGGGUCGGAGCUAUGACGAAUGGAAAGUCAGAUUGAAGAAUCAUGGCUACGGUAAACUGUGGAACGAAAAUCUCAAGAACAUCAUCAUCAAAAGAGAGUUUGAGAAAUUCAAAACUGAGAUUUUGCGUUUGCAAGCUGAGCCGAACGAAUCUCCAAGUGGCAAAGACGUUCAGAAAACCAAUUCUUUGGAGAGUAUCUUGAAACGAUUGCAAGGCCAGGAUUGGGCCAACGGGAAACCUAACGAGAAGGUACAAAGAAUGCGGGAUAGGAGGCUCCUUGGAAAGGACGCAAAGAUAAGAGCUUUGCAAAAGUAUGUCAAAGAGUGGAAAGAAAUUGAAUCUUCUGGCGCAUCUUCGAAUCUAGACAGGGAGAAGCCUGUUUCUGCCUACCGAUCCACGAACUCUGGGCCGAGCCCAGCCUCCACUCCGUCUUCAAUGCAGCAGGUAUAUGGCGGUACCCAGCCUACCAUGCAGAAUACAGUCUGGGAUUACCAAAGUAGCGAGCCAUCAACAUACACUUCUACUUGUCAACUUGGCUCUGAAAAGUACAACUCCCAACCUUUCACCUCUCAAUCCUCUAAUACAUUCACUUCCACCUCCGCGUCCGCCGCAAAGUAUCCCACCAAAUCAUCUGGUGAUUACCAACUGAGCGCAGCAUGGAGCUCCCCUCCUGAAGCUCGUGAAACUCCUCUGGCGGCCACCACCGCCUCCCCGUCCACCAACUCCAUGGGUGGUUACCAGAGCAGCACAGCAUGGAGCACCACUCCUGAAACCCGUGCAACCCCCCAGGUGACCACGAACACCACCAACUUCCCAGACGGCACAUAUCCUGCCGCAUCAACACAAGGGUAUAAUGCGGAGGCUCAGCCGUAUUGGGAUGGGUACCAGACUCGGUGGAGUUGA